GGGCGUUUAUUGUCGAAGCAAAAGCAAAGAAAUGAGAGCGAGGUAUCAGCGCCUUUUGCUCAGGAGCACUCUUCAUCUCUUCCCUGCUCUACGUGGUGUUGCCCACAGCAACGCCUGUACCCCCUACACCUUCCAUUUGGAGGUUGUAACACAACGUGUCCCUACCCAGUCCAUCCUGUCUAGGGUUCAGGUCUACGCGCCAUGCCAUAGCUUGAAGUGGGCUCUGAUUGAUGACCAAAUAAUGGUCCUUGGUCCUUUGUAGCGGAGCGCGACGCUCAUAAGAGCCUCCGCGAUAUUUUGU